CACCAGUGGCACCAAAGACGCGUACGUAUUGGACAUCGUGAUUCUCUAGAUCGAUAUCAUCAACUUGAACAAUGUCAGGCGGAGGACAAUCACUUGGAGGAAACCAGGACAGCGAGCCUCUACCUGCUGGAUGGGGUCAGCCAUCGGCACCUCGCGUAGGUCGGGUUGGAAACUGGAGUGGCUCCAACAACUCCGGCAGGAACUCCUCAGCCUCAUCCCGAGGUCGCUUUGGAAGUCUUUCAAAUCCCCCAACAUCUGGUAGUGCCAGGACGCCUGGAAGACUACAAGCCGACGACGACGAUGACGACGACGACAAUGAGAACAAAGAGGGCGAAAACUGGUUUGCAGGUGGCGAGCGGAGUGGCAUUUCGAUCCAGAACCCUAACUUUGCCCGUCCUGGUGCUCGCAUAAUCAGGGAUAUCUUGAGGCAGGCUGCAGAGGGAGGGGCGGCACCUCCACCUGACGCUCGCAGAGCAGCUGGACCAUUCAGUGGUGGUGGGCAUACCCUUGGAAGUGACGAAGUGGAGAGCGCAUACGUGCCAGAUCCGAAUGCAGAAGAUGACGAAGGUGAGAUCGUUGUCCGGCACCUGUAUAUUUGGAGGGACGGAUUCAGCCUUGAGGAUGGACCGUUGAUGCGAUUAGAAGAACCCGGUAAUGAAGAGCUUUUGAGGACCAUUCAGCAAGGCACUGCGCCCAUGUCCCUCAUGAAUGUCACUCCCGGGCAACGUGUCGACCUCAAGGUGGCAAACCUUGAUGAGGAUUACGUACCCCCUAAGAGAGGCAACUUUUCAGGAUCUGGGCAGAGGCUUGGUGCACCAAUUCCUGCUGUUAUCUCUGGUGCAGCACCUUCAGAAGCGCCGAUGCCAGGGUCAUUUCCGACCGGCAGCGGCAGCGGCAUCGCUGGUGCUAGUACUGGCUUCGAGAGGCACAGCAUCAACACCCGCUUUGAGGUCGACCAGACGCAACCUACUACGAGCGUGCAGAUCCGUCUGGCAGAUGGCACACGGAUGCCGUGCAGGAUGAACCUUACGCACACUGUUGGUGAUCUUCGCUCGUUCAUCAAUGCCUCUCGUCCCGAGAAUCUGUCACGCCCGUAUACGAUUGGGACGACAUUCCCUAAUCGUACCUUGGAAGAUGUCAAUCAAACAAUCGAGGGUGCUGGACUAGUUAACAGUGUCAUUGUUCAACGAUGGGUUUAAAGUGAAAAAAAGGCAGCUGAGGAUGAGAUAGAUGUAUACAUUAGCCUUGUAAAAUUACGACAUCCACGGAAAGUUGAAGCUACCGAUUUCGACGAUGGAUCGGAAGUACCGUAGAGUCUCGAAUGACCCGGCGCUCAGUGGGGCUUGAACGACAAUCGCCUGAAA